UCCUGCCGCGCUUUAGCGACGUCUCGCAGGCCGCACGAGGAGGGGAGACUAUACGACGUGGGCGCGCCAAGAAGAGGAAGACGACGACGCACGAUCGCGGUUCUCCAUAAGCGCGCGUGCGGCUUCCCCCCCGCACGAAGGAUUACGACUACGUUGCCGGCAUCGGCUUCCUCCGCGGAGCUCCUCGCGUACGCUACAGGAUCCGGCGGCCGGUUUUUACGGGGCGCUGCAUAAGUGCGCGGACUUGUUGCCUUUUCUUGAUUUUUUUUUUUUGGACACGGCGGCGAGUUUGUGCGAGCAGGCGGGAGGCGAACGUGUGCGGUACAACUCGGAGGACAGUGAACUCGGCGGAAAAAAAAAAAGAAACAUUUUCAGCCGCGAUUCGGCAGUUCCUGCUGUCCAGCUUCGGAGAGCGACCUGCUACGUGAGCCCGAUCGAAGUGCUUCGCGAGGGACUGCGUCCCGCGCUAUUACAGGCCGAUUCGUGUCCUACGUUUAUCGCGGAAUCGACGGCGACUUCGCUCCGAGAGGUCGGUGAAGACAUAGCGGCCAGGGCGUGUUUGUGAACAACACGACGAGAUAGCUACUUUGCAUCGCGUUUCUACAGGAAGACAACUCGUGGCAGAGAGGCGAGUUCUUUUACGCAACGCUGGGAAUCUGUGCAUCUUUGUCCCAAGACUGAAAGCGAUAUUUCCACGAAGAAGCAGGCAAAGUGUUGGCAAGAGCUUCGUCGUUCAGCAUUUCCUGUUCAGUCGUCGCCGGAUUGCAAAGGAUGCAGUAUUUCUAACAACUCGAUCAAACUGACACUGGGAUCGGCACUUUUGAUCACUCUUCCGCCGAAGCUACGGUGCUGCUACAACUCCCCAAGCAGCUGAGGCAGACUCUGGACCAUUCGGUAUCGUCAAAGUCUUUGCAGAAGCCCAGUACACCGAAUCAAGCUGAACCGCGUUGGCCUCAAGACGGUGACCAUCGUGUGACGUUAUGCAUGACGCUAGUCAUUCUGUAAGCAUACGUGUCAGUACGAUCGAGUCAUCGACGGUUGUAUUAUACGGCGCAGAAGGGACAAGGAAGACACCGAGCGGAAGAGAUCUUGAAACUUCGUGACUGUCGGAGACGAACUGACUUUCAGAGGUUUCGCGAACCAGGAGGUAUCCCCGCGACUACAUCGUCGACGAAUCUUCGAAUGUGCAUACGCCAUAGUAGAGCCAUCUGUUUUUCAUCGAACUGACAAGAAGCGGCGGGCGCCAAGCGUUCUCAACUGUGCGUUCCAGCACAAGACGCCGCUUCCGGGCCGAGCUUAGACGCCAGGAUCAAGAUUAGCAUCCUCCUCGGGUGACAAUACACGCACGCGGAAGCCAUGAGCGCGCCAAGCAUCUCAACCAGCUCCCCGAUCGCGUCGUCCCUGCUGCCGCCUCUGCUGCUGCUGCUGUGGCACUUGCACGGGACCACGUGCAUGACCGUCGGCGAGCCGAUGUCGACGGGAAGCGAACGCAGCGGCGAGCACGUUCGGCACGGUUCGCAGGAGCCGCAGCCCGUGAUACAGUGGCUCGAGUACGUCACCAGCGCGUACGAGAUCGAACAGCCCCCGCCGUUCGUGGUCACCAACACGACCAAGAUGACGCUGUCUCGCGCCGUGAAAUCGGUGAACCCGUUCCUACUGGUCGCUCUGGUGGUCACCGCGCUGCUGGUCCUGCUCCUGGGCUUCGCCUACGUGACGCGCAAGAGCGACACCGAGGACCCGCUCUCCCCCGCUGGCAGGCAGCAGCAGCGAGACGCCAGCGCCGCGUCGCGCCAGAACGGCGCGUUCGAGCAGGACGCCGAAGGCACGGACGCGUGCCCCGCGCAGCCUCCGUCGUACGAUGACGUCGUCAAGGUCCCGUGGACCAUUUGGGCCGCGACGCAGCAGGGCGUCUUCACGCAGGGCACGGGCGCCACGCCGCCGCCUUCGUACGAAGACGCGCGAAGGACCUUCCCGUUCCCCGAGUGCGCGCAGUGAUGACGUCACGACGCGGUCGGAUCUGACUUAACGGAAGUCGUCGGCUCUCGCCUGCGACGACGCCGCUAUGACGUCUCCACUCGAGUAGGAAACGCUGCUAUGACGUCACUCACAACUCCCGGCGUAUGUGACCGAAGGAAGUCGCUCACUCUCUCCGCCAAGACGCUCGUAGGAUGCUUCCGCUCUUUGUGACGUCAAGGCACUGACGGAUGUGACGCAACGGAAAUGUCUCCACGCCCUAUUCCUCUGCAAGAACGACAGGAUGACGUUUCUGCUUGUGGAGCGCACCCAGUUUCGACGUCAUGGUACGGAAGGAUGCGGCGUUGCAAAACUUUUUUCAUUCUCAAAGCGACGGCGCUAGGAGAUUGUGUUCCUUUAAGGAGAUGGCCACGACACGUGCUGAAGUGUCUUAACGGAAACGCCGAGUAGAUUCAGCAGUUAUCGUUUACGUAACAAUAGGCGGCGACGUGCCAAAAUUACCUCCUCGUGCCAAAAAAAAGUCACCCUGCUUGCCAGAUCAUGGAAACGUCCGCGCUCGACAGCUACGUUAAGGUGGACGAGUCUGCGCGACGUUGCUACUCGAGUGUGUACCUGCUCUUAGAGUCUCUUGAAGAGAACCAGCGUGCUUAGGAAAUGCUCCUUAAGACAAAUGUGUGAUAGGAAAGAACGUGUGUUGUUCGUCGUGUUUCAGCACCUGGACGUACGCGAGGUGCGAUACCUUCUACCAGGAAGACAAACUCUCACUAAAGCUAGGACAUCUAAACGAGCGUGUUCAAUACUGGUGAUGUCGAACGCCAGAGUACGUGGGAUCCAAUACGUGUCCGUGAGAAGAACGCGUGCACCUGCAAGGCCCGAGUUGCCGAGGACCGCCGAUACAGCUUUGUCAGUCAGACCAUAAAUGUGUACUUUUUUUUUCCCCCGCAGCUGUAUAAUGAAGUACAAGAGUCUCACUUAUGCAAGCCGUGUCGGUCGCCUCAGCAAGCUACCACUUGUCGAAUAAGCGCCGUAGUGCUUGCCAAGGAAAUGUUUGAAAGGCUUCACGCGCAAGAAAGUACACGAUGCCUUGCGGUGAAAACAGCUUUGGCGAACGUGCAGUGCGUCGCGCGGGGCAGCGGACAACUGUUGUCGAGUAACGUGAGAUGUGAUCGUCGUCGUCGUUUUUGAACGUUAUUCAGUGCACAUACCACGUGACCACCUAGUCUCACGAACCAUGUGUACGACCAACGAGCGGCACCUCAGGUUGCUCGUCGAUCGUCCCGAUGGAAGCUCGUCUUUCUAUCCCACGAGAACCGUGGCUGAUGUUUGUUUUUUUUUAUAUGUGGACGCCUAGUCGACUAUUCCGUGUCUCAGAUUGGUGCGCGGCCGGUCCAACGGUUACUAGGCAGUGCCAAUAAUUUAUAGGAUACUGUGACAAGCAAAUCAAGUGACUGCUGUCCCUUUCUGUAAAGAAGCACCACAAGGGCCAGUGCAGAGAUACUGCUUCCUAAAGUGUGCUACAUCAGAGAAAAAAAAAGUGUGUGAAUCUGCCAUGGAUCAUCUCAUCAAAUCGUGCCAAGGACUCUGCGAAAGCAUUCAUCUGGUUCCGCAUCAGAGGUUCAAACAGGUCAAUAAAUUCACGAAGAAAGCUGCCUUU